AUGUAUCCAUUUGAAAGAAUGAUGGGAGAUUUUAAGCGGUCAGUGAAGAAUAAGGCUAGAGUGGAAGGCUCAAUAUGUAUGUCGUAUUUACAUCGAGAGACAACAUAUUUUUGUUCCCACUAUUUCAAAACGGCCACCUUAUCUGCCACAAGCAAACGUAAUGAAGCGUUAGGACUGAACGAUGAUGUAGUGCCAACAUUGUCAAUAAGCAACCCUCUUGGACGUCCUAGUGGAAAAUCCCAAAUACAUUGGUUGACUGAUGCUGAAUGGAGAUCUGCUCAUGUACACAUUCUCAUUAAUUGCAAUGAGGUUAAGCCAUAUACUAAUAUUUUCUUGCAAAAUAAGUCCAUCAAUGAAGAGGAUCCUUCAGCUUCAACUCUUAUACAUGGAGAAUUCCCAGAAUGGUUUCGAGAGUAUGCCACUAAUGAGGGAAAUGGUGUGACAGACAAAAAACUAAUAUCAUUAGCUUGGGGUCCUGAAUCAAAUGCCAUGAGUUGGCACAAAUACUUCAUUAAUGGGUACAAAUUUCACACACAAGCAUGGAGUCAAGGUAAAAAGACCAUAAAUAGUGGGGUUUAUGUGAAGGGGAUUACAGAAGGUGGGGAAGAUGAUUUCUAUGGAGUCAUUAAACAUAUCUUUGAGUUGGAGUAUCAUGAAUUAUCUCACAAAGUAGCCUUGUUUUACUGUCAAUGGUUUGAUCCAAAACGAGGUAGAGGAACAAAAGUUCAUCCUCAUUAUGAUAUUGUAGAUAUCAAGAUGAACAAAAAAUAUGAUCGUUAUGAUCCAUUCAUAAUUGCACAAAAGGCCAAACAAGUGUAUUAUGUACCUUACCCAUAA